AUGCGCGGGCUGCUGAAGAAACUCGAGAUCGAACAUGAAGGCACGCUGCCCGACCCCUGGAUCAACUACGAUAUCAAACCCAUCGAGUCCCGGAGGCGGACCUGGUCCGCAUGGACGUUCACCACCUACUGGGUCCUCAUCAACUCCAACAUCUCCUCGUACAUGACCGGCAGCUCCCUCAUAGCUCUGGGGCUGCUCUGGUGGCAGGCCAUCGUCGCCAUCGUGAUCGGGAACCUGCUCGCCGCCCUCUUCGUCGUGCUCAACUCGUUGCCAGGAGCCUACUAUCACAUCGGCUUCCCAGUGGUCAACAGAUACGUCUGGGGCCUGUACGGCUUUCAAGCAUACAUCGGAGGAGAAUGCAUAUACGUCUGUCUCAGGGCGAUAUGGCCGACGCUGGAGCAGCGUAUACCGAACCACCUCUCGCCCUCGACGGGGAUAACGACCGCCCAGUUCGUCAGCUAUAUCAUCUUCAUGGUCAUCUCCCUGCCGGUAGCGUACAUCCGCCCUCACAAUCUACGCAUGUUCUUCUACAUCUCCGCCUCCGUCAUCGUCGUCUUUGAAUUCGUGCUGCUCGUCUGGGCUCUGGCAACGAUGGGCCCGGCAGGGUUUGGCUCCACCAUCUCUGGCAGCGGUGGCCCUGUCAAGGACGCCGGCUGGCUCGUCGUGUUUGGCAUCAUCAGCACGAUUGGCGCCAUAUCCGCCGGAAUCCUGAACCAGAAUGACUACGCUAGGUUUGCCAGGAAGCCUGGAGACGCCAUCAUCGGACAGGUCAUCAGCUUCCCGCUCACAAGCAUCAUAUGCUCUGUCAUCGGCGUCCUGGUCACUGCGGCGACCCAGGAGAGAUUCGGUGAGGCCCAUUGGGAUCUGCCGUCUCUUAUCGGGGCGAUCAUUGACCAUGGCGGGUCCCGCUCGAGAGCUGCUGCUUUCUUCGCCGCCGCUGCCCUGGUCGUCUCACAGGUUGGUGUCAACAUACCUGGCAACGCUCUCUCAGGAGGAUUCGACCUGGCGGCGACGUUUCCGAAAUACAUCAACAUCCGACGUGGCGCAUACAUCACCAUCGCCCUCUCUAUAGCCUGCAACCCGUGGAAGCUUGUCUCCACCGCCACUAUCUUCCUCAGCGUCCUGAGCAGCUACGCCGUUUUUCUUGGACCCAUGACCGGCCUCAUGAUCUCGGCAUGGUUCGUCGUCCACAGACGCAAGCUCAAGGUCGAAGACCUCUACACCGGCAACCACAGCAGCAUAUACUGGUUCAGCCACGGCUUCAACUGGCGUGCUUUCAUUGCCUGGAUAUGUGGAACCGUACCCUCACUCCCUGGAUUCAUCACAUCUGUAAACGCCAAUGUACAAGUUCCGCUGGGCUUUACUCGUAUCUACCAGCUCUGCUUCCUCGUUGGCUUUGGAAUUAGCGCCUCAGUAUACACUGCACUGCACCUGGCCUUCCCAGAUGCAAAACUGCAGCAGUAUGUUUCGACUGCUGCUUCACCGGCUGUGCUGAUACAAGAAUAUCGAGACAGCCUGGACCAAGAGGAUGAUUUGCCUGAAAGUAAGGGUCUGUCUGAAGCGUGA